GAGAGAGAGAGAGAGAGAGACAUUCACCCAGACUGCUCGUGAUCUCUCGCUCUCAUACCCUCCCCUCUUCACUCGGGCAUACACAGACUUUCAUGCGGACACGAGAGGAGUUAUUUUUGUCGUGAUCGCUUUAAUCUGCCCGUUUUAAAGAGCCGCGUAGUCAUGCGCAUGUUUUCCUAUUCACUGCGUUAUCCUGCCGCCUAACCAAAGUUGAAUGCUGUCGUUUUAAACAAGUCACUGCGUACGUUUUUAAACCCGUGUUCGCGACAGGACACAUAAUCGCAUUCAGCGUGAAAAACUGAAGGAAGGGCUUUACACGACAGCCAGCGGACUGGAUUUGUGUUACGAGGCUUUGGUCGCUUAAAGCUCUUUCGCACCUGCCAACAAAAUGUCUGCCCCGGAUGCAAAUGCCCCUGGAGCCCCAGACGGUGAGGGAGGCACUGGCCCACCCAACCUCACCAGCAACCGUCGUCUCCAACAGACACAGGCCCAAGUAGAUGAGGUGGUGGACAUCAUGCGUGUGAAUGUGGACAAGGUCCUGGAAAGAGAUCAGAAGCUAUCAGAACUGGACGACCGGGCGGAUGCGCUGCAGGCCGGAGCAUCGCAGUUCGAGAGCAGCGCCGCUAAACUGAAAAAUAAGUACUGGUGGAAGAAUGCUAAGAUGAUGAUCAUCAUGGGCAUUAUUGGGGUCAUCAUGAUAGGUGUCCUUUUCAUGUACUUCUACUACUGAGUAUCUCCUGGGACACACAUGGAAAGGAGAGCGAGCUUUGUGUGAUCUCAACUCCGCCCCGUCUCUCCCCACCAUGCCUUUCAUUCAAUCCACGUGUGUGUGUGUGCAGUCGUUGAUGCAGUGCCUCUCCCUCCUUUUGUCCAUCACCGCUUUCCUUUGCAACUCUUGACUGCUUUGCAUUAGUGCCCGAGCUUAUUCAAAAACUCUUUUGGUUUGGAACGUCUGUGGUUUUGGAUUUGACGACUUGGUCCUUAUUAGGCCAAAAAAAAAUGAUGCAAUAAUCUAGAUUUGUAGAACUGGUCCAAAUAAACCAAUACAUAACUGAAUAGAGAGAAAAGUCUAUUAAGACUGAUUUGAGUUUGUUAAGUUUAUGCAUUAAUGCUAAAACUCCGCCAUUUUGCCCAGAGAUGACCGCAGUGGUCUGAUAUGGUUGCAAUUUUAUGGAGUUACAAACUGCAUUUUUCAAGAAGUAAAAAUACAAGAAAUGCUAAUUUAAAGUUAAAAGAUAUUGCUUGCGUGCAGAAAUGAGUUUACCCAUUUAGGUUUUUAAAAGCAACUUUAAUACAUUUUAUUUACCGUAUGGACCUAAAAUCUGAAUGAUAUUUAUGUCUUAAAGUGACAACACACACAGUGAAUUCAAAGGUUAAAUUUGUACUUAGGAUAAGGGGAAUAUCUGAUCAUUGCCAUUUUAAUUCUUUACGUCAACCAAAAGAUCAGCGACAUCGCAAAGAAAAAAAAUACAAAAUGAGGAUAGCAUCUAAGAUUUACUGCAGUAUUGGAAAUGCACUAACAAGGCGACUGGUAUUUUUGUGACGUGUUAAUGUAAGCCAUACUUUGUGGAUUUAUUUCGUGAUAUUAGAAAUACUGACCUGUGUUUGCAGAUGCUAUAGAACAGCAUACACAACAGAAAACUAUUGAACUAGAACGAUUGUGUUAAAAAAAAUGUGGUUAUUUAUUGAUUGAAUAGACUGGAAAGAGUUAUUUAAAUGUAUUUGUAAAUAUUUCAUGUGGGAGCAAAUACCCCGUCAGCACUGGACAAUGUUCAGGGAUGCACCGCUGCAUGUGUUUGUGUUAAAUAUAGAUAAAAUGGGCACCUUAACCACCACCAUCAUCAUCAUAGUGAUUUUAAGUUUGAUAGAAGACAAGAUUCUCAAGUGUUUUUGGAGGUAAUAUGGACAUAUUGUCCAGCACUGAAUGCAUUUGCUCUUUACUGGAAUUUAAUGCAAGACCAUGUGAGCAUCGAAUCCCCUGCAUCGAGCACUCAUUCAAAAACGCAAACCUGAUGAAGAGCAGUGUAUGUUGUUUUCCUAUUAGAUUCCUGAAUGCUUUCAGGAGCGUAUUGUUUUAUGCAAGCUAUUCGUUUGUAAAUACAUGCUGCAGAAAUGCAAUCGAAUAACAGCUCCCUGAGCAUUCUGAGCCAUGCUGCUAACUUCUGUGGUUCAUUAAAGCAUGUCUGCUUGCCCACCAUGUGCUUAUUCUAAUAAACAGAUAAUGCUCUUA